AUGUACAGCAUAAACCAAGAGGAUUGUCAAGAUGAUAUUGUCAGAGGAACCAAUGACGAUGCUACCAUCAGUCGACAGUCAGCAGCGGCUCUUCAAUAUUUACAAGACCCUUUUGUAAGGUUGUUUGUGAAGAGACCCAUCAGACGUUCACCCAUCAUCAACAGAGGUACAUUCAUUCGUAACUAUGCUUUGGAUUCACUUGUCUGUCAGUUCCUGGCUUCUCCAGGGCCAAAGAAACAAAUUGUCUCUUUAGGAGCUGGAUUUGACACACGCUACUUCAACCUAAAAUCUAGAAACUUAAAGGCCAGUAAUGUUGACCUUAUUGACAACUUAUCCUGCUAUUUUGAGAUCGAUUUUGGACAAACAACAACAAAGAAAGCAAUGACGAUCAAAAGACAUGCUAAUCUACAUAAGCUCAUUGAUUCUGAAGGCAACAUCAAGAUUGAAAAAGGCGGUAUGGACUUGAAGAGUAAAGACUAUUGCUUGUUAAGUGGAGAUCUCAGAGAUUGGUCUGCGGUAUCUCAGCGUUUGAUAGAAUCUGGACUAGACCUUAGUGCCCCAACACUUUUUAUAUCUGAAUGUGUGUUUAUCUAUUUGGACCCUGAAGAUUCAGACAACAUUCUCAGAUGGAUUACAGAUAAUAUGAUCAAUGUGAUGUUUGUGUUAUAUGAGCAAAUUAAGCCUGAUGAUGCGUUUGGCAAAAUGAUGAUAAAGAAUCUAAAGAGCAGAGAUAUUGACUUGAAAGGUAUCUAUCAGUUUCCCGAACUGGAGGACCAGAAGAGGAGGUUUAUAGAUUAUGGAUGGCAAGACGCCACCGCAAUUGAUAUCAAUACUGUACAUGAUAAAUGUAUAAGUAAAGAAGAGCUCACCAGAAUUGCGAAAAUAGAAAUCUUGGACGAAUUGGAAGAAUGGCGAAUGCUUUCUGCACAUUAUUGCAUAGCUUGGGCAUACAAAACAAAGGAUUUCAUACAACCAUUUUCUAAUAUCAAACUUAGUGAACAAUAA